UGUGCAAACACCCCGUUGCGCCGGGCUGGGUUCAGGGAGCGCUGGGGAGCGUUUCGGCCAUGCCGGGGGCUCGGGAAGCUGCCAGGCGGCUCCGCUUCGGUGGGGCCGGAGCGGCCCGACGCGGUCGAACCCCCAAAUCCGGCACGGCCGGGAGGGAACCGGUCGUGCCGCCGCUAGGACCCAGGGCCUCUGCCCGGGCGUGAAAGCAGCCAAACCAGUUUGGAUGAGCCACCAGUGCCGUCACCAGGGCCAUCGCCAGGGCCGGGCAGCCUGGCCACCGCGGAUUCCCCCGGGUGAGAGGGGCCCCUCAGAGAGGUGACAGGGACAGGGAUGGCAGCAGUGAUGGGGACAGCCGGUGUCCAGGCCCUGGAGCUGAGCGAGGAGUGGCAGGACGAGGACUUCCCCGGGCCGCUGCCGGAGGAGGCCGCCCAGGGUCCCCCGCGGCCCAUGCGGAGGCGGCUGCCGGCGCCGGAGCUGAGCCUGGCGCUGGAGCGACCCGAGGACGCUGAGCGCUCGCCCGACGCCAGCCUCGACCUCGACCUCGACGCGCUGGAGACGCCCUCGGGGAGCGAGCCGGAGGGUCCCGAUGCCUCCGACUGGGAGGGUAGGGCUGGGGCCCGGACGCCUGGGCCCUCCCGCGGUCGGGGAAGGGGGAGGGAGCCAGGACGCCUGGGUCCUCCUCCGGUUUGGCGGUGCUGGCUUCUCCCCCAGCUUGGAGGCGGGUGCGGAUGCCCAGGGGCUUGGGCUGUCCCCUGCGUGGGGGUGCCCGGACGCCUGGGCUCCCCCCAGUCCAGGGGUGGCGGGAGGGGUGCCCGGACGCCUGGGUCCCUCCCCUGCCACCUCGCUAAUUGGGCGCCCGCAGAUGAGCGGGACCUCGCUGAGGGGCUGCGCCCGGCGGGCCCCUGGCGGGUGCUGGACCUGGAGGACGAGGGCGGCCGGCGCUGGAGGCUCUUCCUGGGCGAGCGGCUGGAGCAGAAAGUGGAUCUGAGCGCGGUGGAGCCCUACACCCGGGUCCUCUCCCACGGCGGGUACCACGACGAGGACCUCAGCGCCAUCCUGCUCUUCGCCGCCUGCCACCUCCCGGACAGCAGCAUCCCCCAGUACGACUACGUGAUGGAGCAGCUGCUCAGGUACAUCGCGGGCACCCUGGAGGUGACGGCGGCCGAGCGCUACGUGCUGGUGUGCCUGAGCGGGGCGGCCGCGCGCGGGCAGAUCCCCCCCUUCGGCUGGAUGAAGCAGUGCUACCGGGCCGUGGAGCGGCGGCUCCGGAAGAGCCUCCAGGCUGUCGUCAUCGUCCACCCCAGCUGGUACAUCAAGGCGCUCGUGACCCUCUCGCGGCCCUUUCUCAGGGCCUCGGCCCCCAUCUCCCCCAGCCCCACGUUCAGCGGCAAGGUCCGGUUCGCCGCCAGCCUGCGGGAGCUCUCCCGGCUCGUCCCCCUGGAGCCGGCGCUCGUCCCCGAGCCCGUGCGGCGGCUGGAGCCGAGCUGGGACGGCCGCCGGGACGUGCCGCGGUGACGGCGAGGCGCUGCCGGGACCGGUCCCGGUGGGGCUGCGCGGCGGCGUUGCAGCUCUCCCCGCGCCGAAACCGGUGGCUGAGCACCCACGGGGGGGGAUCAAGGACGCAGACACGAGCGCGGUGGCUGGUGCGUGCAGGGGGACGGUGGCAGCGGGGGGGAUUUGCCACCCCCCCCCAUCCGCUUCCCAUUAAACAGGGCAUUUUCUGCUUUUCCGA